UAAAUUUGAACACAAGUAAUUGAAUCAAUUAAUUUAAAAACAAAAAUGAAAAUUAUUUUGUUUUCUUGUGUAUUUACCAUCUUGGUGUUGAAAAUAAGUGGACACGUUUUGAGUCAAAGUGCAAAUACACGAAUUGUUGGCGGUGAACCAACCACCAUAGAAGAACAUCCGUAUCAAGCAUCAAUAGAAGUAUACGGAAAUCAUCAUAACUGUGGUGGUACAAUUCUUAGUCCAAAUGUCAUUAUAACAGCUGCACAGUGUACAGUCUACAUGGGUUUAAGAUUUAUUCAGGUUCGCGCAGGUACAACUGAACGAGAAACCGGUGGUGUAGUUCGUAAAAUUGAAAAAUACUAUGUACAUGAAUUGUACGGUUUAGAAAUGGGAGCUGAUUAUGAUGUUUCAUUGAUUGUGCUAAAAGAACCGUUGCCAUUGUCAUCAAAAAUUCAACCAAUUGCACUGCCAGAAGAAUCGGAAUAUUUGAACGUAACUGAAAUGACUACCGUCACUGGUUGGGGUGAAUUAGAGCAAGGCAAUUAUGAAAUGCCAAAUAUUUUGCACAAGGUUAGCAUACCAGUUGUAGGCCAACAAAUAUGCAAAUACAACUAUUACAGUGGUGUGACUGAACGCAUGCUUUGUGCUGGUUAUCUUGAGGAAGGAGGAAAAGGUGCUUGUGGUGGAGAUAUUGGAGGACCUUUAGUAGCUCAUAAUAAAUUGCAUGGAAUUGCAUCAUGGGGUGAUGGAUGUGCAAAGCCAUGGUACCCUGGAGUGUAUACACGCGUCACGGCCAUACGUGAAUGGAUACGAGAGAAAGUUAAUUUGUAAAA